UCAUUUUACACAUGCAGCUUGAUUCUUGUUAAAUUAGAAUUACCUCUUCAUACUAAAAUUUCAAUUCCAAUUUGCAGAAUUUGAAAAUCCACCAUGAAAAUCACUGGAAAUGUGUUUGGAUUAACGAGUUUUGAGUUUGUUAACCAAAAUUGAAUGCCACCUUGUAGGCUGGCUACCAUGAGUGAUUUUGUGGAACAUUUGUGAAUAAACCAGCAGAAGAGUGAACACAAAGUAAUCUCGAUUUACUGCAAAAUCUGCUAUAUUCGUGUGGACACCAUCGGCAGCAUGCAAAUCUAUGCCUACUUUGUGAAAAUUAUUAGUCUAUCAUAAUCGGGAUCGUUCACCCGAAAGAAGUGAAAUUAAGCAUAAAACCAUUGAAUUCGCAUCACGAAGUCAGAAAAAAUUGUAAACCCUGCAUCAGCACAACAAAAUCAUUGGUGCCUUCGUUUCCAGCUAUCCGAAAACCAUGAAAAGGCUCUACACAGCAUGCCAAAAACUUCAACGAUGUACGACGUCUUGCAAAAUGAAGCAAUGAAAAAUAAUGAAACAGUUGCCAAAAAUAUAGACUGCCAAUGUACAAGGCUGUUUAGUUCUACACAAAAAGCCACAAAUGGAACAAGUCUGUUUAUGAAGCUAUAUCUGUCAUAUUUCAUAAUUGAUGUUUUAUUAGCUACUAUCCUUUUCUACGCUUGUCCGGAUGAAAAACGUUAUCACUUAAUGAUUUUUGAUGUAUACUGUUUAACCAAUAGAAAUGUAAAAUUAACAACAAAACUUUUUGUUCUCAACACAUUUAUCAAAAGAAGGAGUUUAAUUUUUUUUGGAGCUUGGCAAAGUAGUACGACACUUUUAGACUAUAAGAGUUUCCAACUAUCUUUAGUUCAAUCGAACAAAUCAGUUCAUGGAAAAAUGAAUUACUUUGUGAAAAAACAUAGUGAAUCCUCAUGUUAUUGCUCCAACAGUACACCUGUAAGUAUAGAAUAUUUUUGUUCUAUAUAUACAAAGCGUUAUGUUGAUUGUAAAAAAGGAAUUGAUUACAUUUAUAAGGAAACUAAAACUAAAUUUUUGAGACAUCAGUGGCGAAAGUUUAGGAAAAAACUUUUGAUUAUAGAUAACAAGAUCGAUCAAAAGGGAAAACAAUUAUCAAUAAGAUUGAAUGGAGCAUUUCUAAUGCUGAAUAGUUUAAUUAUUUCGAAAGAUUUUCUUUUCACGUUAGUACAAAUGUAUGCGAAAUCAAAACUAUGGAUAAUUCUCUGUAUAAAUAAUUUAAUGUCACGGCAUUCACAAAAUUUCCAAAAGUCGUUAAAGAUAAGAUAUCUUAGCUUAUUAACCAAUAGAAUGGUAUCUAGGCGGAUCAGUCUUAACGUGCAUUGUUCAAAACAUGUGCACAUUUGUGUUCUAGCGGUACUUAUUUUUGCUCAGAUCGAUACAUUACACGGCUAUCAGUAUAUAAAAUAUAGUUCUAAUAUAAUCAAAACAAAAUAUGGUCCAUUGAGAGGAAUCGUUGUUAAAUCGAACCCCGUUGUCGAGGCUUUCCUUGGAGUCCCUUAUGCAUCACCGCCUGUGGGUAGUUUACGAUAUAUGCCACCCGUAACGCCAUCCACCUGGAAAACAAUUCGUUUAGCCGACUCGUUUUCUCCCGUUUGUCCCCAAUUGCCACCAAACAAACGAUCAAAUCAUUUAUUUGAAGUACCACAAGAAAGGUUGCAUAGUUUUCGUCGACUUUUGCCGCUUUUAAUGAAUCAAUCAGAAGACUGCCUUUAUCUCAACCUUUAUGUUCCUCGUUCAGACGACAAUGUUUCUCCAAACGGAUCACCAAAGGCCACUAUUGUUUACAUACAAGGAGAAUCGUAUGAAUGGAACUCAGGGAACCCUUAUGAUGGAUCAGUAUUGGCGGCAGACGGAGAUGUUAUUUUUGUAACCUUAAACUUUAGAUUAGGCGUACUAGGAUUUUUAAAAACAGGUGCUAAAGGAAGUGCUCAAGGAAAUUUCGGAUUAAUGGACUUAGUAGCAGCUUUACACUGGUUACGAGAAAACCUAUCAUUUUUUUAUGGCGAUCCAUCCAGGAUUACGUUGAUGGGUCACGGAACAGGAGCUGCAUUGGCUAACAUAUUAGUCGUAUCACCGGUUGCUAGCGAUCUUAUGCAGCGUGUCAUUCUUCUAAGUGGAUCUGCUUUGUCACCAUGGGCUAUCCAGAAAGAUCCGUUCUCAAUUAAAAAAAUUGUUGCUGAUCAAGCUUCUUGCCAUAUAGAUAUACUUGUCGAUGAUUUGGCGCCCUGCUUACGGCGAAAAACAUUAGCCGAGCUACUUGAAAUUUCUCCAGAGUUUCCCAGAUUUCUUACAGCUUAUGCGCCAUUCAUAGAUGGAACCGUGAUUGUAAACCCAAAUCACUCGAACGUCUAUCCUCCAAGAAUACCAACGGAAUCAGCUAUCACAAGCACUCAAGGCUUCGAAUUCACAACUUUUCCAAAACAGGAACUUUUGUUUGGCGUGACUUCCUUCGAAUCGUUCAAUGAAUUGAGUGCUCAAGAUCUCGAAUUUGGCAUCAAUGAGACACGCAGAGACCGAAUUUUAAGAACAUACGUGAGAAAUGUUUUUCAUUAUCACAUGAAGGAAAUAUACUCUGCCUUAAAGAAUGAGUAUACGGAUUGGGAACAUUCUUCGAAAACUCCGCUUGAGCAUCGGGAUACAAUUUUGGAGUUAUUGAGUGAUGGUUAUGUUGCAGCACCGUUGGUGCGUUUGGCUUAUCUACAUAGUUUGCAAAAAGGACAAUCGUAUUUUGUACACUUUAGACAUCAAUCAACGGAUCGUAAAUUUCCAGAGAGAGGAGGAUCUGUACACGGUGAAGAUGUGCCUUUUACGUUUGGACUUCCUUUAUCACCAUUAUUUUCGGCUAAUUAUACUGUUGAUGAUGCGAAGAUAAGUAAAAUUAUGGUUAAAUAUCUAAGUAAUUUUGCAAAGUCAGGGAAUCCAAACAAUAUCAGAAUGAGUAGUCAAACAAAUACUGAUGACUACCCUAUGAAUUUCCGUAGUCAAAAUUUUUUAUUAGAUCUACCCACUGCACCAUUCAGUGAAACUUUCGACGAACUUGAAAAUUAUAAAAAUGAUAAGAUGGAUGACACAAUUGGAAAACUUGAAAAUUGGAAUAUGUACGACUACGUUAACCAAAAUUACCUGGAGUUAGGUUGUAAUGUAGUUUCCAAGAGCCAUUAUAAAGGUCAUAAAUUAUCAAUGUGGCUGAAUCUCAUCCCACAACUCCAUGCUCCAGAGGAUUCAAUUUAUUUACCAGUCCGCCAUCAUCAUUUUGCCGAUGUUAAAUCGAAUUUUUACGAAGGACGACUGAAGCCAUUAACACUCAAUCAACCGUCAAAGCUGAUCCCAACCACGAGAACUAAAGUGCAAAUUCAAAAAUCUGAAACGAAUAUGACACCUUUAGUACAACUCCCAACAUCUGAUUGUCCUCCAAAUUUAACAGUCACAACAUCGAGUCCUAACCGGCACCCUGAUCUAGAAACAAAGCCCAUAGUGCUUGGAAAUCUUAAUCUACCAACAAAUUCCACAUUUCUUAAUUAUACAACUGCGUUGAGUAUAACCAUUGGCAUAGGAAGUUUUUUGUUGCUGCUUAAUUUGUGUAUAUGUAUUGUUAUAUAUUACAAACGCGGAGUGCAUGUCAAUAAUCAUAGAAACGGAACAAAAUCACACGAAGAACGCUUUGAAAGUUUGAACUUGGAAGAAUUAACUGAGCUAAAAAGCAUCGAAACAAAAUACAAUAAUUGUGAAUUUCAACUCGAUAAUCGACUAAGCCCAACCGGAUUAGUACACCAAAAUAUCUCUGAGCAACGAAAAAGUGGAAGCCAAGGAAAGUGUGUUCUCGUAAAUUUGAGUAAACCCAAUCUCUCAACACGUAGAAAUUCUACUAGUAACAUUGCUCAAAAACAGAUCACUCCAGUGAAACAAUUGAAUGCAUCACAAGAAAAUUUAUCGUCAGUUCUUCCUACAAAUUUCUCAUCACACUCAUUAAAUAUUUCGGAUACUUCAUCUGAAUCCCCGAAUGGUUCGAAAAGUUCACUUCCGAUGAAAAAGUCUUUGAAGGGUAAACAUGAUACAAAUCCAAAGACACAUGAAAUAGGAACUGCUGUUGAUGAGUUUGAACUAGAAUUUAGUUCUAUGGCUCUAAAUAAUCCAAGUUUUUCUCGAUUUCAAGGAGGUAUACUGAGGCAACAAACAAAUUCAAUAAUAAUAGGAUCUUCAAAAAAACGUGUUCAAAUACAAGAAAUAUCUGUAUAAAGCAAAUACACUACCAUUGAACUCGAAAACCUAA